AUGAACGAAGAUGGAUCGAACAAUUUAUUCACAGAAGAUAUAAUCCGAAAACAUAUUGAAGAGAAAAAGGAACUCGUUGGGAAAAUAAUAAAAUUUAGAGACAGGAUACCACUAGUAGAGUAUAAAAAGAAGGAUGACGAAAUGUACAUAUGCUCAAGGUACUAUUUUAUAGGCGAUAUUUACAUUAAGGUGAAGAAGGGGAAGGACAAGUUUAGGCUAACUUUUGUGGGGAGUAAACCGGCCGACGACGAGGAGCACCUGGGGAAAUCGCAUCGGGAGGUGGAGCAAAGUUCGACGUGCACUGAUGAGAAGAAUAACACACUGCGGGAAAUGCCCAGGGAAGACGAAGAUGCAGACAAACUACAUACACAAACAUCCAAUGAUAAGUUGCGAACGUACACAGACAGUGGCGAACUAAAUGCAGAAGAAGACACAGACGAAUUGAAUACAGAGAUAGAUAACGAAAUAAUAAACGGUGAGUUAGAAAACGAGUUAAUGAACACAGAAUUGUAUAGUCAAAUGGUGAAUACUCAGUUGGACAGCGAAAUGCUGAGCGCAGAGUUGUACAGCCAGAUACCCAAGACAGAUUGCGAAGAUUGGAUUCUUUCCAAAUUCAGGAAAAAGAAAUAUAUCAUCAUUUUGAGUGGAACCUCAGGUGGGGGGAAGAGCACCCUUAGUUGUCUAUUGGGUUUUUUUUUAAACAUUCGACGGAUUCUAUCAACAGAUGUGGUGCGUGAAAUUUUAAGAAAGUACAAAAUGAAGGAUGACAAGUAUCUUAAGUUUUCAACGUACGAAUCGUGGAGGGUGAACGACAGCGAUGAUGAUGGGGGUAGUAGCAUAGGUGAUGAAAGUGGUGGGGGUAAAGCCGACCCCGAAGCGAGCAAAGCUCACAGUGCAGAAAUGCGCCUAAGAAGGAAGUGCAUCGAAAAUUACGCGAAGCAAUGCGAAUUACUAUUCACCUACAUUGAUGACAUAAUUAGCGACCACAUAAGGAGUAACGAAUCGAUCAUUAUUGAAGGGGUUCAUUUAAAUGCAGACAUGAUGGAGAAAUUUAACAAAAAAUAUCCAAACAGCAUUAUCUAUUUUUUAGUAUACAUAAAUGAUAGGGAAACGAGCAUUCAGAGAUUUUCAAGCAGAUCUGUAGAUUCGCAGACCGAAGAAAAUAAGUAUAUAAAAAAUAUUAACUAUAUUAAUGACAUACAGAAGUAUUUAUUGGAAAGGACCCAAUGUUUGCAGCUGCCAAUUAAUUAUAUUGAAAAUAUAGACAUAUAUAAUUCUCUAGAGAAGGUCCUUCGGAUAAUUUAUUCAUUUGCUUAA